CAGAGCUGUCAUUUGCUCCAAAACCUCGAGAUGGAAACACUUUUGUUCUUCAUUCUGCUGUCGCAUGCAAAUAUACACACUGUUACUACUGAUUUGUCUCUUCUAAAUUUAACAUCGCCGUACACACGGACUGUCCAAGAGAAGGGCAGCGUUUCACUGCAGUGUGACAUCACCGAUCAUGAGGAGGUGGCCUGGUAUCGACUGAGUUUCUACACCUUAACCCUCCUGAUCUCAGCACAGAAAACCCGCACUGUGAAAAGCCUCCCUGUUUAUUACAGCAAAGAUGAGAAUCGAUUUGUCCUGAGGCCAGACAGUCAGAUCACCACAGCUACCUUCACCAUCAACAACAUCAUGAAGGAAGAUCUGGGGCUGUAUUUCUGCGGAAUUACAGCCGAGCCUGCUCAGAUGCAUUUCGGCAGAGCGACCAGACUACAGUUUGAAGAUAAAGAAGAAGGACCAAAAGAAACAUUUUCGACCCUAAAACCUCCAGGAGAGAGAGACAGGGAGGAGAACACGGGUAAGACACUGGACAAUUCACUAUUAAAUAUGCAUACAGAUGCAUUUCUACAUUCAGUUUCUCACGGUAAGUGUGUGUUGUGUUCUCCAAGAGUUGGAACUUUGAGCACUAUAGUCAUUUUGAGGUUGAAUCUCCGUGUGAAAAAACAGAAAGUGGUCUGCGGUCGACCCUGAGCCAAUAGGGUACCAGAUAAGA